UUCUCCUUGUAUAUAUAAUUCACCAAACUCACACAAAUUAAAACACACAGCCAAACUUUUCUCAAUAUCUCUCAUUAAUUAUGGCUAAUAAUAUUAAUAAUAACUUGAUAAGAAUGUACUUCUCUUGGUUUCUCGUUUCUCUCCUAAUUACCUCUUCAACUUUCUCACUGGCUCUCUCCCGAGACAACAUGUGCAAAUCCACCAGAUUUCCUUCUUAUUGCAACACAAUGCUCCCAAAUCGAGACACCGAUGUCCACAAUUUCGGCAGAUUUUCGGUUCUAAAAUCUUUGUCACAGUCUCAAAAGUUACUCAACUGGGUGGAGACUCGCCUCAACCACCGUAACUCAGCUGAUCUGUCAGAACCAUCCUUGAUCCGGCUCUUGGAGGAUUGCCGUGAGCUGCUCUCGUCAAACAUUGACUUGUUAACGAACUCCAUUAUUCGAAAAGUCAACAGGACCAGUAACGUUCUUCCGACCUCGGAAGCUGAAGAACUCCAAACCUCGUUGAGUACUGUCUUGACCAACCUCCAAACAUGCUCAGAUGAACUCGAGUCCACACCAUCGGCUUCUUCGCUCAAGAACGACAUCUCGGAGAUGAUAUCAAACGACACUAAGUUGCACAGCCUAUCUCUCUCCCUCUGCACCCAGGGUUGGGUUCCCAUAGAUAUGGACACGACGCCUUUUUGGUCCAGGCGACACGCCGUUAGGAGAAGUGGCGGAAGGAUUCCUAUGAAGAUGUCGGGCCUUAACAGGGCUAGGUUGGAUGAGGCUUUUAAACAUCCGAGGCGGUCCAGGCAGCUGCCGCCUAGUCCACCUAGGAGGAGGACGAUGAGGAAGGUUCUUCAGGCUGGGGAGGAUGAGGAGGUUACGAUAAAGGACGUGGUGGUGGUUAGCCAGGACGGGAGUUGGAAUUUCACCACCAUUAACGAUGCCAUUGCUGCUGCACCAAAUAACUCUGCUGCUUCGGGCGGGUACUUCUUAAUAUACGUGACAUCCGGGGUUUAUGAAGAGUACAUAACGAUUGCGAGUAACAAGAAGUAUCUUUUCUUGCUUGGAGAUGGCAUUAACCAGACAAUUAUAACCGGGAACCACAGUGUGGUUGAUGGUUGGACUACCUUCAACUCUGCAACUCUUGCUGUUACUGCGGUAGGCUUCAUUGCAGCUGAUUUGACGAUCCGAAACACAGCAGGACCGAGCAAACAUCAGGCAGUGGCGCUCCGAAGCGGCGCAGAUCUUUCCACAUUCUACCGCUGUAGCUUUGAAGCUUAUCAGGACACUUUAUACACUCAUUCCCAAAGACAAUUCUACAGAGAAUGCGACAUUUACGGAACCGUAGACUUUAUAUUUGGCAACGCAGCCGUCGUACUUCAGAACUGCAACAUAUUCCCAAGGCUUCCUAAUAAGGGCCAGUUCAAUGCCAUAACCGCGCAAGGCCGAAUCGACCCCAACCAGAACACAGGAACUUCCAUCCAAAACUGCACCAUUAGUCCCACUGCUGACUUGGCUGCUGCCAACGCCGCAGCUGCAGCCGGGAAUGGAUCGUUCACAAAGACUUACCUGGGAAGGCCGUGGAAGGAAUAUUCUCGAACUGUUUUCAUGCAGUCCUUCAUCGAUGGCUUUCUUGAUCCCGCUGGCUGGCGUGAGUGGAGUGGUGAUUUCGCAUUGAGUACUCUGUAUUAUGCAGAGUAUGGUAACUCGGGUCCUGGGUCGAAUACAUCCAAACGAGUCAAUUGGACGGGUUAUCACCUCAUCAACGCCACCGACGCCGCUAAUUUCACGGUCUCCACUUUUUUGCUGGGUGAUGUUUGGUUACCUCAAACGGGUGUGCCUUAUAGCGGGGGUUUAAUAUGAAGCUUAUUAUUAUAUUUUUCAUAAAUUAAAUAUUAUAACAAGUGUUAAUUAAUAUUUACUAUAAAUUAAUUAGUGUCGUUUUAUAUGUAU